UGGCGCCACGUUAUCUCUAUCCCUCCCCUUGCCGAAUUGUCAAAUCGAGGAACGUUGUUUGUAUACGAAAUUUUUAUCAGUUUUCAGCCUCAAAAACGAUCCGGAGACUUUGAACAUCAGAAUAACGUCAGGAUGAAUCGUACAAUGGAUGAAAAGGAAGAAUUGGUAAAAAAGUCUUUAUUUAACUUUGUGAGAAAAGAAGUACCCACUGCCCAAUUAAGUUUAAUAGACGAUAUUGUCCUGAGUUAUGUGGUAAGUAUGGUAGAAGAAAGUGCACUUGAGGAAAACUUGGAUGUUGAUGAAUUAUGUGAAAUGGUUUCUGCUUGCCUUCCUGAGUUUUCUACUAUUGAGAAAGAAGCAGUAUCUAAAUGGUUGUUAGAUACUGAAAGUAAGUUACGGCAAGAAAGUAAAGAGAAUGAAAAUUGUCAACCUCAGGAUCCUCUGAGUCACGUUAGUUUAACAGCUUUAUUACCUCCUGAUACCCAGAGAAUAAGAGUUCAUCAUCUCUCAGAAACAAGUGAUGCUGGAAGUGAUUCUAGUGGAGAAUAUUUCUCAGAAGAAUCAUCUUGGCACCAAGUAGCACUUUUGCAAGAAAUGUUUCCAGCAGUAAGUGCAGCAGAAGCUAGGCAUUGCUUGGCAGUUGCUGGUGGUGACAUAGCGAAAGCAGCACAACUUGUACUUCAUAGACAAGAGGCAGGACAGAGUAUUGUUAGUAACCUUACUUUUCUAACACCAAACGGUCGUAAUAAGGCUAGAGUGAACGACGAGGAACUGAAAUCACGGAUCAUCGCACGGUAUAGUUAUGUUGAUAAGGACGCCGAUUCACGUGAGCAUCGUCCAGUCACCCCGAAAACGGAACCAAAAAAAUUAGUACGUUAUCUAGAUAACAAGAUCGUAAGCGUAAAGGGUGAACGCUACACUGAAGUGAGAAGAGGUGGUGAAGAAGAAGAUGGCAAUGAAGGUGGUAAAAAAAGAGGUCAUUGCCGACCGUAACCAGUCCCUUUGCCUCCACCACCUGAUCCACCCCCUUGGAGGCAUCUGAUUUUGAAUUAAAGCUUUCACUUAGAUUCUCUUGC